UAUGACUCAUUCUUUUUCAGAGUUAGGGGCAGUUUUUUUCCCAAAAGAAUUCAGUUUUACUUCAAGCUAUGACUUCAUAGUUUUAUGUUUAAAGUUUGGCUAAAAAAAUUAAACUUCAUGUAUUGAAUUGCAAUUUUUUGCAAAACAUAUGGGGUCAUUUGAGUAUUUCACCAGAAAGGAAAUUUACCUUCUUUUAAAACACUCCACAAGGCAAACACACCCCAAUUACCUCAAAACGGUUUCGUUUUAAAGUAAACAGAAAUCUGGGUGGGUUUCCAUACCCGAAUCCGUAUUUCAGUACUCCACACCCGCUUCUCGUCUUCUUUCUGAUCUAUAUUCCAGAGACGAGAGGGAGACUUUCACAAGGAGAAAAACAAAGACUUGGACUUUACAGAGGAGAAGAGAAAGAUGGGUGUCUACAGUUCGAUUGUGUGUCGGAAUGUAUGUGUUUUGUUGCUCUUUUUGGUUACGUCUCCGGUGAUUGUGUUGUCGAGGGAGCAGCUGAGCUCAAGGGAAUGUGAGAAUCUGGGGUUUACGGGUCUGGCUCUUUGCUCCGAUUGCAACACCUUUGCUGAGUACGUCAAGGAUCAAGAGUUGGUAUCUGACUGCUUGAAAUGUUGCACGGAGGACUCUGAUGAUUCCAUGAGCAAGAUUACUUACUCUGGUGCAGUGAUAGAGGUCUGCAUGAGGAAACUGGUUUUCUAUCCUGAAAUUGUUGGUUUCAUUGAAGAGGAGAAGGACAAGUUCCCAACUGUUAAAGUUCGGUAUGAUUACAACUCUCCACCAAAGUUGAUCAUGCUGGAUGAUGAGGGGCAACAGAAGGAAACUAUAAGAAUUGACAAUUGGAAACGGGAACACAUCCUGCAGUUCCUGCGAGAGAAAGUUGAACCUACUUCAGCAAGUUCGUAGAGAGUGAUUCAUUAUCUUGUAGCUUAUUUAUUAUGAGUUCCUAGAUUCCUCUUUAAAGUUAGAAAAGUCACGACUGAUGGCUUGUAUUGUAUACUAGAAAGAGUACACUGUUAGUGCCAAGAACUAAUUCUGGGCUCUUAAAUGAGUGACGGACGGUGUUGCAAAUCUCCAAUUAUCAAUGGAAUUAUGGAAAGUUUUUUUAACGCAACAAGAAAUUCAUUAUGAAGUGCCCCACUAUGAUGAUGUUCGCCGUACGAAAAGGGCAUGUUAUGAGCAGUCUGGGAGUAUUACCUGCACUGAUUACUGAUUGAAAUGUCCAGGAGUCAAAUGUUAAUGGUCUGAUAAAGAACUGCCAGAUGCAACCGCCAUUGACCAGUCAGUUGUCUCCGCGUAUUGUAGUUGCAGUCUUUGCAGAGCAGAAGACUUUAACCCUGCUUGAAAUUGAAGAUACAGUCAAUAGAUCCUUUUCAUUGUGUGAUUUUUUAUUUUUCUUUUUAUUUUUUUUUUUUGUUUUUUUUUUGUUUUGAAUGUUUUCAAAGGAGGAGUAUGUCAAUAAC